UCAUUCUCACUCUCACUCAACUCUAAACUUUCAAAUCUCAUUUCCAUUCACACAUUCUCACUCUCGUCCCAAACCAAAACAAACUCUUUCAAGUUCCUCAAAAUUUUUAAAACCUCCUCCAGUUUGCCAACACCACAAAGCAAACACUCAAUUGCUCAUCCCAUGGCUCUCCAAGCUCUCAACUCUCCAACAACCGCAGGGGCCUCUCCUUUCCGCUUCGAAGAGGCCGCCAGUAAAAUCAACUAUGUCGAGCCCUGGACGAAACGCAAGCGUUCCAAGCGUCCACGCCUAGACAGCCCUUCCACCGAGGAGGAGUACCUCGCUCUCUGCCUCAUCAUGCUCGCUCGCGGUGGUUCUGGAAGCACCUCUGCCGCCACUACGGCAACAAACUCCGCCGCCUCACACCACAUGAUCACCCAAUCCCCUUCUAACGCCUCAUAUCAGGAGCCGUCCACGUCAGCACAACCCCCGAAGCUGAGCUACAAGUGCUCUGUUUGCAACAAGGCCUUCCCUUCUUACCAAGCCCUCGGAGGGCACAAGGCCAGCCACAGAAAAGGCGCCGCUGGAUCGGCCGCCGAAGGCCCUUCCACGUCAUCAAACACCACCACUUCGGGCACCACCACUGUAACCGCUUCCGGCAGGACCCACGAGUGCUCCAUCUGCCACAAGUCCUUUCCCACCGGCCAGGCCUUGGGCGGGCACAAGCGCUGCCACUACGAAGGCGGCGUGGGCGCCUCCACAGCCACAGCGACGGCCACCACAACGAGCGCAGUGACUUCCUCGGAGGGAGUGGGGUCCACUUCCCACCAGGCGGUGAGCCACGGCCACCGCGAGACCUUUGACCUGAACAUGCCCGCGCUGCCCGAGUUCUCUCGCGAUUUCUUCUUGUGCGGCGAAGACGAGGUGGAGAGCCCUCACCCGGCGAAGAAGCCCAGGAUAUUGACGAUCAUGAAGCCCAAACAGGAGAUUACCCAAAAUUAGAAGAGACUCCGACUCUGAUGAGGAGUUUCUCUAGGCAUUAAUAUUGGAAUUAAUUCUAGCAUGUAUUUCUUUAAUUUUUCUUUCUGGGUUUGAAAUAUGUUCAUUUUUUGAUAUCCUUGUAUAAACAAGCUGUUGAAGUAGUAUUCGAUAUUUGGAAAUUCAAUUGAUUUUUUCUCCCAAA